GGCAGUCAUUUUAUGUAAUUUUUUUUGUUGCUUUUAUCGUCCUUCCCUUUAAGAUAGAUGAAACGUUGUUACAUAUCUCAGUGAACAUUGCUUCAUGACAUCUCUAGGUGAAGAGUCAGUUGAUAGAAAUGUAGGCUUUCGGUGAAGAUUACGCGGGUAUUUUCAUAGAAAGACUGCAGGAAGAGAAGAGAGGGAGAGAGCGAGAGGAGUGUUUCAUUGUGACAACCGAAGUCUAUCCUACAGUACGGGAACUGCAGCGCUACAGCCAUGGAUGUAGAUGUGGUGAAUAUGUUUGUCCUGGCGGGAGGAACUCUAGUCAUCCCUAUCCUGGCCUUCUUUGCCUCAUUCUACAUGUGGCCUGCUGCUAUCAUCCAUGUCUACAACUGGUACUGGCGUCGGCGGCUGGGCCUGCAGGUUGUCUACUCUGAGAACAGAGGGUACCGGUUCUGUUACUCCCACAGAGGGAAGCCUGGUCCGGGCCGACCCACUAUUCUCAUGCUCCACGGCUUUUCUGCUAACAAGGACAUGUGGCUGCCUGUGGCUAAGUUCCUGCCCAAGCACCAGCACCUGCUGUGCAUUGACAUGCCCGGACACGAGGGCACCAGCCGCACCGAUGCCAGAGACUAUUCCAUAGAGGGACAGGUCAAGAGGAUACGACAGUUCGUGGAGAGUGUCCGUCUGACCAAGAGGCCCUUCCAUCUCGUGGGCACCUCCAUGGGAGGAAACGUUGCUGGGGUGUAUGCAGCCCGUUACCCCAACGACCUUUGCAGUGUCACCCUCAUCUGUCCGGCAGGUCUUCCUACCGAGAGUCCGUUUGUGGAUCGUCUGAGGGAGUUGCAGAAGGACCAGGAACUGAGUGGGAGCCUGGAUCCCCAGGGCAUCCCUCUGAUCCCCUCUACCCCAGAGGAGAUGGACGAUAUGCUCAAACUCUGCUCUUUCGUACGCUUCAAGAUCCCUCAACAGAUUCUUCAGGGAUUGGUGGAUGUUCGAGUUCCAAACAACGACUUCUACAGAGAGUUGUUCAUGGAGAUCGUAGGAGAGAAGUCCAGACACUCCUUACAUGAGAACAUGCAUCUGAUCACAGCCCCAACACAGGUCAUCUGGGGGAAGCAUGACCAGGUGGUGGAUGUUUCUGGAUCAUCUAUGCUGAAGGAGGCUGUCUCUGGCUGUCAGGUGGACCUGCUGGACAACUGUGGUCACUCUGUGGUGAUGGAGCGCCCUCGCAAGACAGCUCAGCUCAUCAUGGACUUUAUCAAUAACCAACACAACACUGGCUCUGGCUCCAACAAGAAACUCUCCUGAGACUGCCUACCUGGAGCUUAGACUUUAUAGUGCCCGUUUCCCGGGCAAAGUUAAACCUAGUCCUAGACAAAGAAGCACUUUCAAUGGGGGUUUGAUCUCCAUUGAACAUGAGUUCCAGUCAGGGAUGAGGUUUGUCAAGGACUAGGUUCCAGUCAGUGACUAGGUUUCAGUCAGGGUUUCAGGUUUAAUUCGGGAAUAGAUUUCAUUUAGGGUUUCAGGUUUCAGUCAGGGACUAGGUUUCAGUCAGGGACUAGGUUUCAGUCAGGGUUUCAGGUUUCAGUCAGGGACUAGGUUUCAGUCAGGGACUAGGUUUCGGUCAGGGUUUCAGGUUUCAGUCAGGGACUAGGUUUCAGUCAGGGACUAGGUUUCAGUCAGGGACUAGGUUUCAGUCAAGGUUUCAGGUUUCAGUCAGGGACUAGGUUUCAGUCAGGGACCAGGUUUCAGUCAAGGACAAGGUUUCAGUCAGGGUUUCAGUCAGGGACUAGGUUUCAGGUUUCAGUCAGGGACUAGGUUUCAGUCAGUGUUUCAGGUUUCAGUCAGGGACUAGGUUUCAGUCAGGGACUAGGUUUCAGUCAGCGACUAGGUUUCAGUCAGGGACUAGGUUUCAGUCAGGGUUUCAGUUGUCAGUCGGGGUUUCAGUCAGUGACUAGGUUUCAGUCAGGGUUUCAGGUUUAAUUCGGGAAUAGAUUUCAUUUAGGGUUUCAGGUUUCAGUCAGGGACUAGGUUUCAGUCAGGGACUAGGUUUCAGUCAGGGUUUCAGGUUUCAGUCAGGGUUUCAGGUUUCAGUCAGGGACUAGGUUUCAGUCAGGGUUUCAGGUUUCAGUCAGGGACUAGGUUUCAGUCAGGGACUAGGUUUCAGUCAGGGACUAGGUUUCAGUCAGGGACUAGGUUUCAGUCAAGGUUUCAGGUUUCAGUCAGGGACUAGGUUUCAGUCAGGGACCAGGUUUCAGUCAAGGACAAGGUUUCAGUCAGGGUUUCAGUCAGGGACUAGGUUUCAGUCAGUGUUUCAGGUUUCAGUCAGGGACUAGGUUUCAGUCAGUGUUUCAGGUUUCAGUCAGGGACUAGGUUUCAGUCAGGGACUAGGUUUCAGUCAGCGACUAGGUUUCAGUCAGGGACUAGGUUUCAGUCAGGGUUUCAGUUGUCAGUCGGGGUUUCAGUCAGUGACUAGGUUUCAGUCAGGGUUUCAGGUUUCAGUCAGGGUUUCAGUAAGGUACUAGGUUUUAGGUUUAAUCUGUGUCCAGGAAACCAGCCUACAGUGAGCGUUUAUCUGUAAAAAAUCUAAUAAUCUGUAAAUGAUGUAAUAUUUUUCUAAUCUAGUCCUCAGGGAAUGAGCCCAUCAACCAGCUGGCUGCGGUUUCAUGCUUGAAUUUGGUUGGGAAGACUGGGAUACAAUAUUGUGACAUUGUAUUUAUUUAGUGAUUUAAGGACCUUAAUUUCAAAUGUUAUAUUCUUUGUUUAAUUGCCAAUGUGUUACUAAACUUACUUACAUGAUUUUGCCAAAACAUGAUUUUAUAUUGUAUUUGAGUUUGUGUUACCUCUGAGUCAGCUGAAGGGACUGUGGUCGGUAGUGUCUGAGACUGAUCCCGCCUGAAAACACAAGAUGUAAAGGAAGACACAAACUCAAAUCAAACUACUUCUAGUUGUUGUUAGAUUGAUUUGUCUUGUUGAAGGUUGGUACAUGGUCUUACUAUUAUCCACAGACAACAUGUUACACCUUGUACAUUCGGAACAUAUUGAAGGAACAUUUGUCAUUGUGUUUUAUGAUCAAAUAAAUGUUAUUAAAAACAAUUGAGCUACAAUGACGUACAUUUUGUAAUAUUAUUAUUAACCAAGUACUUUUUCUUCAAGCGCUGCUAUACCCUGUUAUAUGUGAUAUAACCUGAUGGUAUCGAUGCAUGACGAUAGAGUAUCGAUGCAAUGAGACACAACAACCAACGCCUGCAUAUUUUCAAGUUUGCUUUGUUUAGUUUUAGCUGAUGCCAUGUCGUUAAGUUACACUGAGACAAAAAAAUAAUUUGUGACACUCGUUAUCCUUGUACAUGUUAAUGAGUUGUCAAUCUACUCAAUGUUUUUGCUUGUUCACGUAAAGCACCAAAUAAAACUCUUUUCUCAUGCUGACAUGAAA